GCAUCAAAGAGGCAGGCAGGCAGGCAGGCAGGCAGGCAGGCAGGCAGGCAGGCAAGCAGGCAGCCAUGUCUGAUCCAACCUCCCUUCACUUGAAGAAGGAGCUCACCCAAAUCCGAAAAGCUGCCCGCCUCCUCCGUGAUCCAGGCACCACCUCCUCCUGGAAGUCCUCCUCCACAUCUGUCCUUCCUCCUGCUUCUACUUCCACCCUUUUCACAAACCACUUCAAUGCCGGCCAUCAUCCCCCUCCCGACCUGGAAUUGCCCAAUGCCAAACACAGCGCCGUCUUCUUGCAUAACUGGAAGCAUCAGAAUCACAAAUCAAAUCAUCAGUUCGAUGACGAUGCUGAUCCUGAUGCCGCCUCCUCUUCUUGGGUUCAAGACGACAGCUUGAGCGAUGCCAGAAACGGUGCCGAUUCCAAGAGUGACACCUAUAUACCGACCCUCGCUCUGCUUCCCUCAUAUUCAGGUGCAGCGAUGCAAAUCUUGUCUCUCCAAGACUCCUGCUUGGCUCCAGGAAAAAGGGCACCACCUACUCCUGGAAGUCCACCUCCAGGUCUGUCCUUCCUCCUGCUUCUUCUUCCACCCUUUUCUUCCACCCUUUUCACAAACCACUUCCAUGCCGGCCAUCAUCCCCCUCCCGACCUGGAAUUGCCCAAUGCCAAACACAGCGCCGUCUUCUUGCAUAACUGGAAGCAUCAGAAUCACAAAUCAAAUCAUCAGUUCGAUGACGAUGCUGAUGCUGAUGCCGCCUCCUCUUCUUGGGUUCAAGACGACAGCUUGAGCGAUGCCAGAAACGGUGCCGAUUCCAAGAGUGACACCUAUAUACCGACCCUCGCUCUGCUUCCCUCAUAUUCAGGUGCAGCGAUGCAAAUCUUGUCUCUCCAAGACUCCUGCUUGGCUCCAGGAAAAGGAAUAGAGUUCCAGAUUCUACAGAAGGUUGUAAUUUCCAUUGCUUCCCUCCCCUCCUUCGUCAAUAUUGAGUAUGCUGAUUUUAUUAAUAAGGGUUCCCAAACUUACAAAGGAGAAUUAUGGACAUUGGUGUAUCCGCAUGAAGGCAUUGCUUGGAUCACAGGAAGCAUGGGAGAUUAUCAACAUGCCCUCUCUAUCAAACACAUGGGCUUGGAUGAAGCUCUGUUUGAGAAAGUUGCUACUGCAACAAAGGCUAAGGAAGCUUGGGGGAUUCUUGAGAAUAAUUUUAAAGGAAUUGACAAAGUGAAAAAGGUUCGCCUUCAGACUCUUCGUAGUGAGUUUGAAUCUUUACAUAUGAGGGAGUCUGAAUCUGUUUUCGACUAUUUCACUAGAGUGUCUUCCAUUGUCAAUCAAAUGAAGUGUUAUGGAGAGAAGAUGGAAGAUGUACAUGUUGUGGAGAAGAUUCUCAGGUCACUUGACUCAAAACUUGAGUUUAAAGACUUAAAAGGAAGCAAGAACCGGUGGCCCAAGUUCUCCAAACUAAGGUCUCUUUGGGAGAACAAGAGCAAGAGCAUGGAUGAUCUCAAGGAAGAGGUCAAAGUCGAGGUUGAGGCCGAAGUCGUGGUCGUGGUCGUGGUCGGGGAGGAAAUUUUGGCCAUGGCCGAGGAAGAAAUGAAGGUGGCCAAAAUUUUAACAAUGAAGGGUCGAGCAAUCAACCACGAGGACGUGGAAAUUAUGGUUCAAAGAGAGGAAGUUGAAGAAGGUAUGACAAGUCCAAUAUUCAAUGUUAAUGCUUGUCAGAAAUAUGGCCAUUAUGCCAAUGAAUGUAGGAGUUCCUCCACCAACAAUGAGGAGAGGGCUAAUUAUGUUAAAGCAAAAGAAGAAGAAGAAUUGCUGCUGUUGAUGGCAACUAAAGAAGAAAGAGAUACCGGAGCAUGGUACCUUGAUACGGGUGCCGCUAACCACAUGAGUGGCAACAAAGAGUUGUUCUCAUCCGUUCGAAAAAUGGAAGAUGGUUGCCUUACUUUGAGAGAUGGUUCACACAACUUGGUUGCGAAGGUACUUAUGGAGAAGAAUAGAAUGUUUUUGCUCAAUGUUCACGUGGAUCAUCCAAGGAGCUUGAAGACUUGUGUUGAAGAAGCUUCUUGGCUUUGGCACUUGAGACUGGGUCACUUGAACUUUGGUGGCUUGAAGGUUUUAGCGAGUGAAGAGAUGGUGAAUGGGUUGCCCAAAAUUAAUCACCCCAACCAGCUCUGUGAAGGAUGUCUUCUUGGCAAGCAAGCUAGAAAAAGCUUUCCAAAGGAGGCCACUUUUAGAGCAACCAAGCCACUCCAACUGGUUCAUGUGGAUGUGUGUGGACAAAUCAAACCAUCAUCAUAUGGUAAAGCUAAUUAUUUCUUGCUCUUCAUUGAUGAUAUUUCUCGCAAGACUUGGGUUUAUUUUUUGAAGGCAAAAAGUGAAGUUUUUGGAGCAUUCCAAAAAUUCAAAGCUCUUGUCGAGAAGGAGAGUGGUAACUCUAUCAAAGGCUUAAAGACUGAUCGAGGAGGAGAAUUCACUUCCAAGGAAUUUCAAAAUUUUUGUGAAAAUAAUGGAAUUUGUCAUUUCCUCACCAUUCCGAGGUCUCCGCAACAGAAUGGCGUCGUGGAGCGGAAGAAUAGAACCAUUCUUAACAUGGUUCGAAGCAUGCUUAGGAGCAAGAAUAUGCCCAAGGAAAUUCUGGGCAGAAGCAGUGGCAGUAUUGCUUUUAUUCAUGUUCCAGAUGAGAAGAGAUCAAAGCUUGAUGGAAAAAGUGAGAAAUUUGUCUUCAUCGGCUAUGAUUCAAGCUCCAAAGGCUACAAGUUCUACAAUCCAUCCAAUGGGAAGAUUGUAAUCAGUAGAGAUGCUGAGUUUGAUGAAGGAAGCUCAUGGGAUUGGAAUGUCUCUCAAAAUGACGAAUAUGUCAUCUUUCCUUUGCAAGAAGGAGAAUCCAAACAAGACACAAGGCAAGAUGUUGUUACUCCACCUCACUCUCCUCAUGGAUCUCAAUCACUUGAGGAUUGUUCUUCUGAAGGGCCACUACGUACAAAAAAUCUUGCUAAUAUUUAUGAAGAAACAGAGGUGGUUGAUAAUCCAAGUUUCUUUUGUCUCUUUGCUGACACCGAGCCGUUAAAUUUUGAAGAGGCAACAGUAGACAAGAAAUGGAAGCAUGCAAUGGAUGAAGAGAUUAAAGCAAUCCAAAAGAAUGGCACAUAGGAGCUGAUGACUCUUCUGGAAGGGCAAAAGGCAAUUGACGUGAAGUGGGUGUACAAAGUGAAGAAAAAUGCUCAAGGGAAAGUGGAGAAAUAUAAGGCAAGGCUUGUU